CCAAAUCGGCAACACACCUCGAUCAUCAGAAACCUCCGAGACCCAGCCACCCUGUAGGGGCCCAACAGCAACGAGAAGAGAGAGAUAGGCUUCGAUCGGUCCUUGCUCCGCCAUGGCCGACCGGAGGGCCGACGACGAGGAGCGCCGCGCGGGCCUCCUCAACGGCGACGCGAAGAAGGCGGACUGGCAGGUGCUGUCCGCCGCUGCCGCCGCCGGAGGGGACGACGACGACGAGUCUGAUAACAGCAAGCUCGGGCGGAGGGUGUGGGCGGAGUCGAAGAAGCUGUGGGUGAUCGUGGCGCCGGCCAUCUUCAGCCGCGUCGUCACCUUCAGCAUGAACGUCAUCACGCAGGCCUUCGCGGGCCACAUCGGCGACCUCGAGCUCGCCGCCAUCUCCAUCGCAAACACCGUCGUCGUCGGAUUCAACUUCGGCCUCAUGGUACGUACGCCCCCAUGUUUUCAUCCCCCACUUAAUUUCCAUCCGUCCUUCAUUGAUUUGCCUCAGAUUUGGUACAAGCGGUAG